UAUUGCAAACAUGCAAAAACGUGCUCUUCGAUAAUGUAGUCAAGAGAAGCAUGCCUGCACAUGAGAACAUAGUGUUCAGAUGGGCAGUGUUCUGUUUACUUCUUCAAACAUGCCGCAGAGAAGACUUCCUCUGCUUUAGGCCUACCAGGCUCUUAUGUAAUACACCAGUACACUACUAUCGUCACUGGAUUCCCCGACAGUACGUGUUUUGCCUGCACUGUACUGCACACCUAACUACACAGUGAACACAAUGUCCUUAACUUGCCACACAUUUGGCAGCGGUCACGUUUUCCUGCUGCUGGCUGCGUCGACCAAUCAGCGACCUGGAACUCUAUUAGGUGGGCGGACCUAGCAGUCUACAGAAUGUGACGUGUAGGUACUCUGAAAAUGACCACGCCCCUAACUUCCAAAUAUGGCGUGUCUGAAACAAAUACCCUGUCCUUUGUGUCCCUCGCCGCCCAAAAACUGAUCGGUAAUGUUAGGUGAAUGAGACUCCACAGGACCUACGGAGACAACUUUCCGUUUCCACGGACGGAGUGGACAGUUAAAGUACAACCGUUAACGGCUGCAGCCACCGUGCUCUGCAUGUGACCGAGCGGACAGGGGAGGGGCUGGUUGUCUCGUGUGUUGUACCGUGGAACCAUAGCGGCGUGGAACACAGAGUUCUAGCGAGGGAACGUAGCAGCAGCAGCAGCACCGACCCACCGAGGAACAAGUGGCCGACACACCGCACACCUCCACCGGGCUACAGGCUCCUACUUCUCCGCUUAGUCAGCCUCGUUGGAACAGCGCCAGAAAUUGCUGUGAGAGGUUUUCGAAGGACAUUGUCAGUAUAGCAGGAAAGAAGAUGAGCUCCAAAAGGAAAGCAGAGAGUCACUCAAAGGCAGCAAGCAGACCACGCAUCAUGAAGUCUGGAGGCUCCCGGGCUGAAUCGGAGAGAGACUCUGGAUUCUCAGAUGUAAGCUCAGAGCACAUGAGCACAAUGGACAACACAGACUCUGAGGAUUCACCCCGCCCAGUUGUACAGCAGGGAGGGCAGACUCCUGGCUCCGGGCCCCAAUCCUCCCAGCUGGCCGUGGUGGGAGGCUCCUACUCUAGCCUCUCACCCAUGAUCAUCAUGAACAACGUCCUCCUCAAGCAGCCUAGAGAUAAUCCUCCUGCGCUGAAGCCCUGGGGGUUCAGUCCCACAGUGGAGGUGGUCCAACCCGUGGUCCAACCCGUGGUCCAACCCGUGGUCCAACCUGUUGUCCAGCAGUCUCAGGUGGUCUUCCUUCAGCCUGUUGUCUCCCGUCAAGCUUCCCCUGCCUCUAAAGCGGCCUCCUCUAGACACAGACGCCCUAAGAAGUAUCUUCCAAUCCUGAAGUCCUACCCCAAGAUUGCUCCACAUCCAGGAGACAGCUCCAGUUCCUCAGGGAGAGGAACUGGUUCCUCAUCUUCCUCCACCACCUCCUCUUCUUCUUCUCACUGCUCCUCCUCCUCUUCCUCUCGCUCCUCCUCUUCUUCUGGGUCAGAGAGGGGUAGCAGUUUGACCUCCAGCCAUCGGGAACACUUUCAGAGAGAGAAGCAGAAGAGAACUCUGUGUGGUGGUGUCAGUAACUCUGUCUCAACCACUCCCAGUCUUCCUGCUACCCCCAGCAUCACUACCAUCACGUCCCCCCUGCUCCAGAGCCGACUGUCUCUCCCCACACCAGAAACCAGUGCCAGCAGUAGUCCUGCCAGUGAAAGGCCUUCAUCAGCUGUCAGCCAGGCAGAAUUUUCCACCUCCCUGCCUGUUACUCAGUGCAGUGGCCCUGUUCCCCGGACAGGCACAGAGGAGAAGAGCUCAUCGGAAGAAUGCAUCAACAGUGACAGUGAUGCUGAUACAAAGAGGAAGCGCUUCUGCAACACGUACAACAUCCUGAGCAAUUCUGGCCUGCUGGACAUUGCACUUCGCACCAAGGAGCUCCACAGGCAGAAUAGGCGCACCCAGACUGACCUAGACCGGCUAAAAGAACACACAGACCUCUUCCUCCAGGCUCUGUGUAGUGGUGACGCCAGCAUCUGUGUUAAGCUGCAGGCGAGCCUUCAGGAGGACGGCGUAGAGGAAGAGAGGGAGAGAGCUUCUCAGACCAGCUUAAAGGCAGAUUAGACCUAGACUAGUGCUGGGCAGUAAUCCUUUAGACUGAGUUGAGGAAAGGAAGGCGAAGGCUGGAGUGUAUAGAGACAGAUGGACCGAAAGUAAUGUGCUCCACAAUACACACCCACCCCCAGACUCUCGCACAGACAGUGUGCUGUGGCCUACAUUUUGGCUGCCUUAGGGCCCUGACACACCAGGCCGACCUCAAAGAAUUAGUGCAGAUAAAGACUUUUCAUUGCCUCAUGUCUUUUGUUAAAAGUUGCACUUGAACCGCUUGUAAGACAGCAGCUGGUGGCCAGUUAAUUGCCAGCGUGCACAUAUGUUCAGCACCCGUAUGAGAGGUAGUAUUUUAGUCAGCAGUCUGUAUGUGUAAUCCAAGGAACAAGGAGGAAAGGGAAACAAGGCAAACGACACUACCAAUUAGAGGUAAUCAGAUUUUGAUUUGAGAAUAUUGGUACUUGUAGGAAAAGCAGAAGUUGAGGUGAAAGACACGAAUGAACCAAACUCAAUCAGUGAGUUGAAUCAGAGUUGCAGAGUGACUCGGAGCUCUCUCUAAUUGCCUCUGUCACCGAUUCAACAAGCUUAAUCAUCCUAACAGCCACAGAUAAGGUCGACUGGUGCCAUCAGUUAAGGGCAUGCUGCGAAGACUGUGUGAUGGUCGGCCACAUGCUUAAAGUGAUGCGGUUUGGUUUGUUAGGGGGCUUCGGUCAACCAAGGCCAGAACCACAGCUCACUGUACUGCCACACUCAGCCUGGCUGGAUCUUUGCCACUGAAGCUGCCUACUCUCUGUACAGAAACAUUUUGCUCACUGGCAAUUAAGACUCUGAGAGAUUUGGAUCCAAGGCAUGAGGAGGGAACAGAUGCUAACUUUUUUUAAAAACUGAAAGCACAAUACAGACACGGAAUCUGUAAAUUUGAUUUUAAGACUGGAUAUGUAAACUUUAACAGUGCAUGACAAGGUGUUCCCAUCUCAGACAAAAUUAUCAUCAUCAUACUACUCCUUCUGACAACAGAAUGUGUCACUUCAUUCAUUGAAUUAAGUUGACAUUUCUGUUGUUUCAACAGUUUUGCAUCAUUCAUGGUCGUCCUCUGAGCUGUGUUCCACUAAUACUGAUGUUUCGCUUCACAGGCAUCCAGAUAACAGUCAACAUGUGUGAAUAAUCUAAAUUAUUUAAUGCAGCAUUUACAAUUAUGUAAAAUUGAUGAUUAUGACAGGCUUAGGCAAUGCUGUCAUGUCUCCUAGAAUGUGUCCAGGGCCUCUUGCCAGUCAGCCUCUUUAAAUAGACAAACAUGUGCCUAAAGUGUCUUUUUAGUUCCUGCUGCAUUUUUCAACCUGGAUGUGAGAAAUUUUGUGUGCACCGUUGAUUAUUUCAAGAUUAGCAUUCCCAUCAUUUUGAUGCGAUUUUAAUACAGUGCAGACUGGCUGGAAGUAAAGCUCUUAACAGCCAUUUGUGCACAUCAUCCCAGUGUAAACGGUGCUUCCUACAGUUCAACCAUAUUCAGCAGUAACUCGUGUACAAUCUUUUGUUUGUGUGUUUUCUACUUAUGGAUGUAACUUAUGUGGCAAUAAUGUCAAACUUAAGUGCAGAUGUUUUCUGUUUUAAAGGAGCAGUGUGUAAGAUUUAGUGGCAUCUAGUGGUGAUGUUGCAAAUGAGAAACAAUUGAAUUCUGCUCAGCCCUCCCUUUAAGCAUGUAGAGAGGCAACAGGGGUCUUCUGGUAACAUAAAAACUAGGGCUGCCAGUCAAUUAAGAUAAUGUCGUGAUUGUCCAUAGCCAAUUACAAACCAAUCACAUCUUUUAUCUGUUCAAAAUGUACUUUUUUAAAGGGAGAUUUCAACAUGGAAGUGGACAAAUAUGCUUGCUUUAUGCAAAUGUUUAUAUGUAUAAUUGGAAAUCAAUUAACACUGUAGUUAAAGAGCUACACAUGUAUUCAUGGAACUGUAAUUAUGUUCAGUAAUUAUUAUGUCCCACUGGUGAAAGCAAUGCCCUGUGACCAGCCACCACCUAUGUAUCUUCCAUAAAGUGGUGGUUCUUAAAAGCAAUUAAUAAAUGUAGUAGUUGGGUGUAAUCUGAAUGCAGACCCUUGAAGAUCCCUCUCAAUUGUACACACUGGUUCUUUGAGCUCUUUUCUGUUUUUGCUUGUAUGAAUUUCAAUUUUGUGAACAUUUUCAGUCUCUCAAGACAACCGUCAGGUUUCUUGAGGAAGACUAGUUCUGCUUUAGGACAUAUAAAUCCAGAUUACUACUUUUAUUCGACAGAAAGUUCAACAAGGAUUUUGUCCAAAUUGGGAGCAGCUGUGGAGUUUUGUGAUGCUUAGUAUUAACUUUUUGUAUGUUUAUAAGUUAUGGCCUUGUCCGAUGUACGUCACAGAACUUUGCAUUUGCACUAAAACAAUCUGAGAGCAGCUCUGAAGCAAUUUCUGGGAAUAACUAAAUGGCAGCUAUGGUAGCUCUUGUGAGUCAAACGGCAAGUCCUUUUAAAUUACUUGAAGUGCACUGUGAGGCAUCAUAAGCACACUUAGUGAGUAUACAUACUAUUCCUAUAGGACAGCCACGCAUUACAUUGUCAGAUAUUUUAAAUUACUAGCAGUUUCCUCUGUAUUAAACACGGUUUUGCAUAUUCUGUAUGUGUAAAGUACUUGACGUGAUGAUGUGCUUGCUGUGCUUCUGUUGACUCAAAAUGGCUAUUGAGAAACAACCCAAGUAAGGGAUCAUUCAUGGUUCAUUUUCUCUGUCUCAUCCCCUGUGAACAUAAAUUCAGUUCAAAAGUUAAUGUGCACUUGUGAGGGUCAUGUUAUCUGAGACAAAGUGUCUUUGUCACACAAACACAUGUUUUGUUGCAUAUCUCCAAGUCCGACAGACUGAUAUGUCAACAGUUAUGCCUUCAUCAGAGAGAAUCAGUGGACAUUUUGACUGAAGAGGACACAGUAGCAGGUGAUAUGAUGUCUGUUUAAACAAUAAAUACAGUUAAUUAAUCAGUAUGUUGCAGAUAAGAAGUGUGCUUAGGGUCAUUGAAACACAGCUGUGUCUGACACUCGGCCCCUCUGGCUGAUAGUUUGAGGUCAUCUUAUUUACUCCGCCCAUUUUCUUGUCUGCAGUGCACCAGUUCUACUGUCCGCCCCAGAUGCAUUGUACCAUCUUUUUGAAGUAGACUGGCUCAG